AUGGCGUACCCUCCACCUCCAGGCACCGCCAACCUUCCCGCGCGACCUCCACCUUCGAACUCGUCAUCCAGCGGAGGCUUCAACAGGGGCGGCUUCAAGCCUGCCUUUUCCUCCCAAUCACAAACAUACGGCGGACAACCACAGUCCUACAACUCCCAGCCUCAGAGCUAUGCCCCCCCGCCCUCGUCGUCUUCCUACGCGCCGCCCGCGCCACCUGCUGCCGGUGGUCACUAUGGUCCUUCCUAUCCUGGUGUGAGCAGCGCUGCUCCUGCUUCUACUUCGACGUACUCAUACAAUCAACCACCCGCGAGCUACGCAUCCCACGACUAUGGCACCGUAGCCUCCUCCUAUGCGGCCCCGCAGAUUAAGAAUCCGUUCCCCAUAGGCGGCCAGUCUGCCGCGCCUGGAGGAGAUUUCGACCCCGAAAUGGCCGCGCAGAUCGCCCAAUGGCAAAGCGCCUACGUCACUAAGGAGGGCGCACAGGCGCCCGCGCCUGGCAAGAAACCCGAAUACGCCGCGCCCGCCAACCCCGAAAGGGAGAAGACGGUCGCGCGCGAGGGCGGAGGCAAGAAGUGGACAGACGAUACGCUGCUGGAGUGGGAUCCUUCGCACAUGCGUCUGUUUGUGGGCAAUCUCGCGGGCGAGACGACGGACGACUCGCUGCUCAAGGCAUUCUCGCGCUGGGAGUCGGUGCAAAAGGCAAGAGUCAUCCGCGACAAGAGGACGACCAAGUCCAAGGGCUAUGGCUUCGUCAGCUUCAGCAACGCCGACGACUUCUUCGCUGCUGCCAAGGAGAUGAAUGGGAAGUAUAUUCAGAGUCACCCUGUCACUAUCAAAAAGGCCAAUACGGAAAUCAAGGUUGCCAACGUCAAGGAGAAGGAUCGAGGCCGCGGUAAGAACAACCGCAACAAUAACAAGAAGAAGAGUGGUAGUGGGGUUGGUAGCCAUGGCAGCGAUCAAGGUCACGAUGCACACAUGGGGCCUUAUGCCGGUGCUGGUGUAACGAAACCGGGCCAGAAGACGAAGAGUGGGUUAAAGCUAUUGGGUUAA